CACCAACAUGACAUUGCAUGUAACAACAGUGAUGAGUAUGAAAGUGAUGUGGACGAUACAUACAUUGUCAGUGGUGCAUGCGCCAGUGGUGACAUGGACGCUGACUAUGCAACUGUCAGGCAGUUUCUCGAGAUCGGAUGUGGUUGCAAGAGUAAGUGUACUGUUAAUUUUGAAAUUGGCCAGGUAUACCAUCAUAUAUUGAACAUGAGAGAAUUGACAAAGGAAGAGAAGGAUAUUAUUGUCAUGAGUAAUCUUAAGUGUGGAAAUGGCCUGACUACAAAACGAGGGAAGCCAAGGAAACGUUCGAUGGUUUCAUACAAUGCAUUCCAAAAGCCAGUUUGCAAGAAAACGUUUAUGCUGGUUAAUGACAUUGGUAGAUCAGCUUUAGAAAAUCUUGUAGACCAUUAUAAGCAGAAUGGUUCAUUGCCAAGAAAGCAUGGAAACGUAGGAAAGAAACCAUCACAAGCCGUCAUUUAUUAUGAUGUAAAACGCGUGGUUGAAUUUUUGCAAAAUUAUGCGGACACGUAUGGUAUCCCCCAACCAGCAGCUCCCAGAGGAAGCGACAAUACUCCUCCAAUUUAUCUUGACAGUGGCAAAACAAAACUAACCAUUCAUAAAGAGUAUAUAGAAAGUUGUCGCGAGGCUGGGGUUAGAUCUUUGCAGCGAACUGCUUUCUGUGAAAUUUGGAAAAGCUGUCUGUGUCACAUUAGAAUAGCUUCGCCUAGGGAUGAUGUAUGCGCAACAUGUGAAGGCCAUAGAAAGAACAUUAUGAAGGCAAUUGAAGAGAGUGAAAAGUUAGAGGCUGCCGAAAACUUCAAACAACAUGUGAUAAAUGCCCAAAAAGAAAGAGAACUUUAUAAUGACUGUGUAAAGCGUGCCAAGGAAACAUGCAUAUUAAGUUCUGAUAAAAGAACAAACCACUAUACUUUUGAUUUUAGUCAAAAUGUAUCCAUUCCUCACUUCUCGCGGCAAAUGGGGCCAAUUUAUUUCAUGUCCCUUCGCAAAGUACAGAUUUUCGGUGUACGGAUAGAUGGACUGCCUAAACAGCUCAAUUUUUUGAUUGAUGAAAGUGAAACUAUGGGCAUAGAUGGUACCCAAACACACGGACCCAAUUCUGUCAUCUCAAUGCUGGAUAUGGUGCUAGACACCCACGGGCGUGGUGAAUCGACAUGCUCCAUCCAUGCGGAUAAUUGUCCAGGUCAGAACAAGAACCGCUACCUCAUUGGCUAUUUCACAUGGCGUGUGAUGACCGGCAGACAUGACGUGAUACAAAGUUGUCAGGCCAUAUCUCAGCGAUGCUAACAAGGAUGCUACUUGCCCAUGCCCAGAAACAUCACUAUAGUUAGUUCGUCGCAUCUAUCGCAUCUACGGCGAAAUAUUACACACAUUAUAAUGUCAAUAUUUACAGGCGAAUGACAAAUAACUUGAAACUUAUUCUUCAGUACUUUUUGAAUAUCCUUCAAUGUCUGUUUGAAUACAUUGGUUUAUUUAUAACACAUUUAAAUAACACUUUUUCAUAUCAAAUGAAAUAUUUGUAUUCACUUCUGCUCGUUUCUAUAGAAUUCAUGGCAAACGAAGAAUUAUGCAUACAAUAUAAGCUGUACGAUAAAUAAAUUGUGAACAUGCUAAGAAUAAUUAUAAAAAUUAUUAAAGAUUACUCGACUCUUAAUUUUUAGAAACAGCACUUUUGGGAAAUAAAAAUCUAACAUUUCAACACAAUGAAAUUAUUUAUUAUUUUUAUUAUUGGAUAUUGUUGGUUUAUGUAUUAAUGGUGUAAUUGAUAAUGUUUGUUUUGAUGCGUGCAUUCCUUUGAAAAACUAAAUGAUAUGUUGUGAAAAUAUGUGAGAUUAGUUUAGAAAAAAAUGAUUUAAACUGUAUGGUUUGCUGGUCGAUGUAGAUAUAAGUGGACUUUGUUGCUAAGCAACGUAUGUUAGUUUACAGUUUAAUAUAAAUCACAACUACUUUUAGAACAAAUAGAUACCUGAUAAUAUAUUUUUAACAAAAUAAAUGUGUUCUUAAAUGUUAUAUCAUGUCUUGUUUAUAAGUGUGGAUUUUGAUGUAACAUACAUCUGAAUGCGGUUUACUUUAAAACGUUGUUAACGUUGUUAACGUCAAAACACCUCUGCAGUGCUGUUACUAAAAUAAAAAUUUCUCUGUAAGUAAUGGGGCUAUAUCUAUAAAUUUGGUAUCAUAAUAACAAGCACAGAACAGUCUUUAUCAAUCCAUAGAAAACAAAAAAUGUCAAAUUUUGUCACGAAUACAGGUUUUGCCGC